UCUGUAGAUUUCCCCAUGAUGAUCUUAACCCACCUUGCUCAUAUAAUCCCUCUUCCCUCUCUUCACAGCCUUAAUUUUAGCACAAGGUAAUUGACAGAAUGAAUUCUCAAACUGCAGGUUUUCAAUUGCUGGGUUACUCAUUUUAUUCCUUAGACUAGUGUCUUAGGAAGAACAUCCUAACUUACCUAGUCUUAGCCGCUAAGAUGGUAAACAGUGUCCUCCUUCAUGACUACUUCAAGAAAGCAGUCCUGUGUGCCAGGGACACAUUUCUGCAGCUUAUCUGAAGACCCGUGGAGUACAUCAUGUGCUGAGAUGCUCGUUAAGUGCCCACUUGGUAGUGGAAAUUCGAAACCUGGUUUUUCAUUUAAAAGGAUGUGGUGAAGGAAUUAAAAUUCUCAAAAUGACUCUCAGUUCCACAAAUACCCGUUUCUGUGUUUUUUUAGCUUUGAAAGUUUAGGGCAACAAAAUCAUUUCCUUGAAAACAAUUUAAAAACAUCCGAGAAGUUGGUACAAAUACAUUUUCCGGUUGUACUACCUUUGCCUGGCUUCUGUUCCUAUUUUCUCCCCAACACCCCACCCAUAGAAUUCUAAUAAAUUGGUAGACUGCAUGUAUAAAAUAUCUAACUAGCCAUCUCCUACUCAAGAUUCAUAUGUUGAAUUUCACACUACAAGACUAGAUGGGGUUGAAAAGAAAGGGACAGAAAAAUAGCUGUGCUGUGUUUGAGAUUAUUAUUAGGCCCUGGGUAAACCCCACCCCUUCCCCAGGUAGGGCCAUUCUUCCUCCUCUUUUCACUAAGGCUUAAUGAGAAAAGGAGCCCAGACGUCUAAGUUUACCAUUUACACAGAAGCAGCCCUGCAUGGACGCAGCUGAAAUACCUGUUUGCAACUGAACGCUCAACAGCAAGGUAUGUUAUGAAAAUAACACUCUCCAAGUCAUCAGUCUAUCAUUAGGAAGGAAGGAGAGAAACAGAAAAGAUAAAAUUCACCUUAGAUAGAUAGGAUACGUUAUGAGGUUUACAGGAAAGAAUACUUUGGUGUGGUUUCAUUUUUCUCCUUAAAUUUUGGUGGGAAAAUAAGCAUUACAAAGUCUUAAACUGCUCUGUGGUGUGAUUAUAACGAGUAACAAAAGAUACAUCAUCUGAACCAAAUGUCCUUUAAUAUGUGGUAAUUACAAGCAAUGGAUUACAAGUCCUCAAAAGAAACUUUCCUUGUUUAAAAAGAAAUGACCACGGUCAUAUAUUUAACCCUAAUUUUGAUUCAUUUCCCCUACAAUCUAAAGUGCCACAUACAGAGAAAAAACACAGGAAUUGUGCACCUAAUUGAUGAGGUGCUUUUUGGUGUGGUGUGUGUGUGUGUGUGUGUGUGUGUGUGUGUGUGUGUGUGUGUGUGUGUGUUGGUUUUUUGUUGGUUUUUGGUUUUUGGUUUUGGUUUUACCGGUUUUUUCCUGUUACAUGGUAUUUAUAUCAGAAUCAGAAAUCAGAGCUGCAUUCAAAGAUUCACAGCUGAAGGAAAACGGCUUUAAAGCAUGCAAAUCUGCUGCCCCCGAAAACAACUAUGAAUUCCUCAAAUAGUAGCCUUAAAAUUGACAUUUCGUCAGAGGCUGUGUAUUCAUUGCUCUUCUCUUCAGCAAGGAGCUUCCCUAGACACGGUUCUGUGAACUGGAGUCUGCUGUCAGCAGCUUCCACUGGCUGGAAGAGCAAAGGACUCUUGUCUAGAGCAACAGCAUGCCUACCAAAACCCUUUCCUCGCUAGCUAGCCUCCAGAGCUGUGGAAGAGUAAACUGCUUUUGUGUUAGAUGACUCAAGAAUGUAGUACUUUUGAUAAAGUAGCCCUAGAAAAGUAAAAAACAUUUUAAAAGUAAUAAUUGCAAUUUAAAUACAAUUUAACAGCUUACUGGCAGCAGAGAUACCAUACAUAAUAAAAUAGGUAGUUUUCCCGGGGCAAGACUCAAAGGUUCUUUCAUCAUACCUAGCAUGUACUGACCCCUGCAAUUUCUACAAAUUUGGGAAACAGGAUUGCAUAAUUUAUGGUAGCAGGAGCCUAUGUUCAUAUGAGCUCUCCCCUAAAAAUAAAAAUAAAAAUAAAAUGUAAAAAAAAAAAAAGAUGCUGGCCAUUGUGUACCACUAUAAAAACAAAUUGUUUUGUUUAUUUAUAAAAAUCAUUUUCCAAGAGUGAGUAAUGCUUCAGUUGUAUGAUUGGUCAAUAAAAUUUUCCAAAUACUUUUCCUGUAUUGAUAAACAAUGUCCCUGAAGAAAGUUGAGUUCUUAAAACUUGAAAGCCUUAUUUUCCUUGGCAAGAUUUUAUGUGUGUGCCUAUUGAUAGAAGUUUACCUCAAUGGGUUGGUUAUAAACCUUUACUUUCCAAUUCUAGAAGACAUUCUGAUUAUUAAGGACCUGUAGUGGAGUGGGAAGGAUAUGACAGUCUGGUAACUUUAACACUAUAUAUAUAUAUUUUUUUUUUCUUGAUCUAUGGGAAUUUUCAUAUUCUGUUUUGUGGCGUUAACCAAAUCUUCACAUUUAGUGAAGAUCACCUAUGAAAUUCAUCACUGUUUAUUGAACAGGCAUUUUCACAUCUUGUGUGUUAAAGUUAGUAUCAUGUGUGGAAGGCCCUGGGAAAUGUCUAGUUUUAAUUUUUUCACCUGAGUAAUUUGUUGGCAAGAACGAAGCCUAGAAGGGAGACUGAUCCAGGGGAGGUUUUGAAUGUAGGAAACUGGACUGCAGUGUAGCCAUGGCAGACAGGUAAAAUGAAGUGAAUGCCAGGAAAAGAACACGGAAUAACUUUACAGACGGCCAAAGCAGCACCUAAUCGUGUUUCUUUCUCUCGUGUUAGCGGCUGGAAAGGUUUAGUGUCAGAUGUAAGCUCCCAGCCUGUCGUUUCUCCUUUUUUUUUUUUUUGGGGGGGGGGGUUCAGUCUGUAACGGCACAUGCUACACUGAUCUAGUUGAUACUGAAACAUUGCUCCUAGUGACACUGAGUUAGGUUCCUACAAAACUGUUUUCACUCAGUACAUAACCUCACUUUGUAUUUUCUUUUCGUUUAAAGACAUGGUUUAAUUUUUAAAGACAUAUUUAAUAAAAUAUGUAUUGCUGAUUGGCUCUCAUCAAACUGGUCAGUAACACUAAAACUCAUGCUGGAACAAUGCUUACUAACGUGUUUUUCCUGCAAGACAGCAAAGCCUCCUUGCACUUGGAAAUAUCUAAGCAGCGGUUAGGCACUAUGCCUAGGAGCCAUUUUUAAAUUUUUUUAAUUGUUCGACAGUUUUGCAUAUUUAUGGCAUGAGCCGUAUUUCCUUUCACCCCUGCUGCCUGCCAUUCCUCCCUCUCUUAUCCCCCUUCCUAACGAACCCUUCCCACCAAGUCUUCCUUUUGUUCAAGGCCACUGCAUUUGAUUAGAGUUCCUUUCCCUUGAACAUGGGUGGGAGGUUACUCAGUGGAACAAGGGCCACUCAUCAAUGGCUUCAGCACUGAAGAAAAUGGCAUACCCUUCCUUAAGACCUGUUAAUUGCCAACAGUCAGUGCCAGAGACGAGGAGCGUCUCACUCCCCAUCCAUGAUGACAUGUUAACAAGUCUAAUCUUAUAGAGAAAACCGGCAACCACAGGGAGUCCACGAGUGCAACAGUCAUGUCAUGUUAAGGAAACAUCUUUUGCUACACAUCUCCGACCCUCUGGCCCUUUCUCCCUACCUCUCAUCUAUACUCCCGGAGUCUUAGAGAGAGAGAUAAAGCUGUCCCUUUUAGGGCCAAGCACUGGCCCAUUGCUUACCCACACAUUUUAAACAGGAAAUUACUAACAAAAGAUUUUUUUUAUUUAAGUAAAUAAAAGGAGCAAUAAAUAGUGACUUUUGUUUACAUCAUAAGAAGUGAAAUAGGACAAUAAAGUUCUCCACUGAACUUCACUGAAAAUGUGUGUCAGGAGACAGGUUUUUUUUGUUUUUUUUUUGUUUGUUUGUUUUGCUUUUUUUUAAUUGUUCUUUGAACAUCUACAGAUAACUGCCACAACAUUGCCAGGAUUGAUUUGGCAGUUACAAAUAAAUCUUAGUUAGAAGGCAGCUGGUUAUCACAUGUGGAAUCUAGAAAUAAGAUUCUAUCUGCUGGACUAUAGUCUAUGUUUAUAAACUAAACUUUCUCUUGGCUCUAUUCCUUUUAUAUCUUAUUUUCCAUUUGCCUGAAUUUUAAUUUCAAUUUAAUUGUUAUAUCUAUCUAUAUAGAUAUGUAUAGAUAUAUGUUUACCUGUGUUCAAAAUAUUAUUUCUCGGCAUUUAGGGGAUGAUACAGCUAGCAGGUGGUUUCAUUUUAUCCUUCACUUAAGAGACAGGAAGGAGUUCAGGACAAACCAAAGGUGACAUUUGUUGACAAGCAUUACAGUCCUCCAACAGCUGAGAGGCCUCCAGAGCCAGAGAGACCAUUGUCUCUAAAGGAGUUGGGGUUUUCAUUUGGCUUCAUGGGUCAAACCUAGUUAUUUCUCUUUCCUCCCUGUAUUCAUUGGUCCACAGGUGUCUGUAUUUCUCUUUUAUCACACACAACUUACACGGCAGGUGAUCGUAAGGGAAAUAACAAACCGGGAAGGCCCUCCCUUCUUGCUGCCAACAAGCUAUAUGAGACUAACUGAAACAGAACACACUUAAAUGUAGAAGUCCAGCUCUUACCAGUUCCCUGCUGGGGAUGAUCAGAAUAUAGUGGCUGUGUAGCCCCCUCUGUAAAGGAUUAGGUCUAGUGAUCUCCAUUUCCACAUAUUCACUGGUUUACCUACCCUGCGGCCUCCCUACCUUUCAUUUCCAUCCUCUUCAAAGGAAGUGUCGGUGUUAUACCAAAAGAAAUCAGCAUAUUCCAAGUAGCAUCCAGUGUUAAUAGGCAGAAAUUAAAUAUCUAUCUUCAAGUUUCUAGUUAGGUGCGGAAGUGCAUAACUUUGGAGACGAUGUUGGUGCUAAACUGCUCCACCAAAUUACUUAUACUGGAGAAAAUGUUGAAGAGUCACUUUCCUGAAUCACUCAAGGUUUAUGGAGCGGUGAUGAACAUAAAUCGUGGAAAUCCCUUUCAAAAGGAAGUAGUAUUGGACUCAUGGCCAGACUUCAAAGCUGUCAUCACCCGGCGACAGAGAGAGGCUGAGACAGAUAACCUUGACCAUUACACUAAUGCAUACGCUGUGUUCUACAAGGAUGUCAGUGCUUACCAGCAGCUAUUGGAAGAUCGUGAUGUUAUUAACUGGGACCAAGUUUUUCAAAUACAAGGGCUGCAAAGUGAAUUAUAUGCUGUUUCCAAAGCCGUUGCCAAUGCAAAGCUGUUGGAUUUGGAUAUAAAGCUGACUUCCUUCAAGGCUGUCCAUUUUUCUCCUGUUUCAUCUGUGCCAGACCACGGUUUCCUAGCUGGGCCUUCCCCGAGACUGACCUACCUAAGUGUCUCAGAUGCUGAUCUCCUCAACCGGACUUGGUCACGUGGCGGCAACCAGCAGUGCCUCCGAUACUUAGCCAAACUCAUCGCCUGCUUUCCCAGCGUGUGUGUGCGUGAUGAGAAGGGAAACCCAGUGUCCUGGGGUAUCACAGACCAGUUUGCCACCAUGUGUCAUGGCUACACCCUACCUGACCAUCGCAGGAAAGGUUACAGCCGACUGGUGGCCCUCACACUGGCCAGGAAGUUGCAAAGCCGUGGAUUCCCCUCCCAGGGAAACGUCCUGGACGACAACGUGGCCUCUAUAAACCUCCUAAAGAGUGUCCAUGCUGAGUUCUUGCCUUGUCGUUUCCACAGGCUUAUUCUCACCCCUGCGUCUUUCUCUAGACAAGCUCACCUUUAGCUCAGAGAAACUCCAAGGAUAUUCCACUUUCUCUGAGCAUAUACCCCCUUUAAAUGAAGUGUGAAUUAAACCAAGAGAAGCAUGUCAUUGAAAGGGGCCUGAAAAAAGUAUGCAAGAUCACCCUGAGAAACUGUUUCUGUCUUAGAUUUCCACCAUCAAGAACUCUGGGGGCUGGGGUCCCAGUAGGUGUGUCUCAGAAUAGAGGGUGUGUGUCCUCUGUUAGGACCCACCGCAGGGAAGAAUUCUUUAAAGCCAGCCAUUCCUGGCCUAUGUUAGAAACGCCUGCAUGAGAAAGAGUGAUUUAAUGUGGGGCCAUUGGCCUCCUGCUCCACAGUCUCCAACCAUGCCAGCCCCUCCUGCUGUAAAAUCCUCUUGGUCCCAGCUGGAUAUCUGAGCAACCUGUCUAAGCUCUUGGUAGGGGACCUGCCAUUUUCCCCUUCAGUGACUGACUGCUGGUGCAGAGAGUUAAGCUAUAGUUCUUCCCUGGGAGUGUUUGUGGGUAGUGGUUCUCACAGGUUCCUGUUUAUCAGAAUCACCAGGAGGAGAGGUUGCAGCACAGAGGCCGACCCCUCCCCCGUAGCUCCUGAUGCAGGGAGCACCUGGGCAGGGCCUGAGAAUUUGCAUUUCCCAGUGUUCCUUCUCAUUUGCCUUAAAUAGGUGAACAACUGUGAUCAUUAGACCAGACCUUAUCCAUGAUUGUUCCAGACCUUACCCAUGACUGUUCCAGACCUUACCCAUGAACUGUUCCAGACCUGACCCAUGACUGUUGCAGACCUGACCCAUGACUGUUCCAGACCUUACCCAUGACUGUUCCAGACCUUACCCAUGAACUGUACCUUAUUCAUGAACUGUUCCAGACCUGACCCAUGACUGUUCCAGACCUGACCCAUGACUGUUCCAGACCUUACCCAUGACUGUUCCAGACCUUACCCAUGAACUGUUCCAGACAUCUGGAUUAUAAUCUCCUUUUUCAUGAAAAUCUGAAAUUCACAUAUAGGUGUGUAUGAGGUUAUAAAAAUGGCAUAUAAGAUGUUACAUGGAUAUUUUCUGUAGGCAUUUUUAUAAUUCUAGAAAUUUGAUAUUAUAAUCAAUUUUAAUCCUCUUAUUAUAUUGAAGAAAUUUGAUAUCUAGAAACAAUAAAUGCUUCAAGAUUGCAUUUAAUAUGGUCAGUACUGAAAAGCCAGAACUCUGUAAUUUUUAUUUUAGUUCUCAAAUAAUUAAAUUAAUGCUUUAUUGUUAUUUUUUUGUUGUGAUUCUUUUUUAUGUUAUUUGGUCUCUGUGUGUAAAUCAGAGGACAAUGGGUAAGAGUUAAUUUCCUGUUCCCAUUAUGUGGGUUUCAGAGCUCACACUCAGGCUGUCAGACUCAGUGGCCAGCACCUUUACCUGAUAAGACAUCUCAGCUGCCCAUUCUUGUAAAUUUAAUUUCCACUGGUCUAGGCAUAUGUAUUUUUCAAGGUCUGUAAAGGAAAAAAUGAGCAUCAUGAGGAGAGCGGACAUAAAUGCAAUGGCUGAAUUUAUGUAGACUCAAUAAAGUUGACUUCACCAUAUAGAAACCGCUGCUUCCCUAUCCCAUGGAACUUAAAAAUCCUAACAAUAAAAUAAGGCAAAAUCCAAAGUUUUGGUGUUUAUUCUGAUAAAAGGAGGCAAAAUGGUUGAUGUACAGGAUAUGGUAAUAACCAGACAUCUUGAGAGUGGAUUUAUUCUUAGGUGAUUCUUACCCAGUGGUUACCUAGAAACUCAUCCUUGGUACCAGAGGGAGAGAAGAGUCCAUAAAACUCUUGGGAGAACAUGAUCUAAUAUCUGCCCUUGGGAUGCUCAUUAAUUUUAGCCCUGACUCAACAUGAGUAGCACCUGCCUCAGUCUUGGUGCUAUUAUUAUUUCUUUGUUUCUUCCUAGUGAUAAUUGAUCUACCACUUAUUGAUAAGUACAUCAAACACUGUAUGUUCAUAAUGUAAUCUGCAGGAUAGAACUGUUCUCUUACUGAAUUAGUGAGGUAAUGACUCACCAAAAACUAUUCAAUGUGUAAGUGGCAAAAUCAUGACCAUAAUCUGAAUCUAUUGCAUUGCAAAUUGUACACUUACACCUUGUUAUUAGUUGUUAUUGUUCUCUUGGAAUCUCCAGCUCACUCCUGCACAGUCUGAGAAGCCCCAUCUUUCUCUCUCCAAACCCUGCCCUUUCAGAGAAUCUCCAACAAAGAAAAGGCUUCAAAAAGCCCAGUUCUAAAUUCUUGCAACAGCUUCUCCCCUGAAGUUGCCAGCAGCCCAAGUCCUCACCUAAAGUGUUCAGGUUUUGACCAUACUUGGGCACAAGCCCUGCUUGUGGUGGACACCCUUCACCUACAGGCUACUUAACCUCCCUGCUUUAGUUAGGGCGAGUGACUUCUCCUGCCUCUAUCUCUGGGAUUGGAGAAUUCACCUGGGAGCUGCUUUGCUCAAAUAAACCUGUUCUUUUACUU